CACCGAGUUUCAGAAAAUAGAUAAGUGAAUAUUUAACACAUUUGUUGAUUUAUAAAAUUUGAAUGAGCAGGGCGGUCUUGAAUGUGAUGUGUGGAGCUGUCUGGGAUCUUCCUACUUGAAGUACUCCGUGUCACUCUCUAUUCGUUUUGGACAAUGGUACCCCGUUAUGUUUUCCGACCGGUCGUUGCGUUGUAAGAGGAAUUAUAAGUCUGUAGGUUGCUGUGCGUACGGGAGUUAUCUGGCGAUUUGUCUGUUGGUAUUCUGCGAACAUUGAAGAGGUUUUGGAAAUCUGCGGUUGGGGACAACGUGGUAGGAGACGUAGCGACCAGGCAUGCAAGGUCUGUCAUGGAUGUGUAGGCAUUAGUGGUUAUUUUAAGUGAAAUGCGUGAACCGCGCAGACAUGCGUUACCGAGGCGUUGGUUUUGGGAGUGUCUCGACCUGUAGUGUCGUUGUUAGGUUUGAUGCAGUGGUUGUGUUGCUGGAUGUGGUAAUGGUUAUUGGUUGCAUGAGUGCUCUGGGGUGAGAAGACGUACGGCCUUUUGUGUUGCAUACUCAGAUCGUGAAACGGGAGGCUGUGAUCGUACCUGCUGAUAGGAGUUGUGGAAUGCUGGCGAGUACUUGUUUGUGCACAUAAUGUAUUUGGAUUCGGUAUCCGUCUAGAUAUGUCUUACGAAGUGUUAUAGCCGCAAAGUAUUGUUACGAUGUCUGUUAACUUAAUUUACGACACGGUUGUAUGACUAGUAUUAUUUAUUACAAUUGGGAGCUGGAUACUGACCGGAAUGUGUAGUUGUAUGCCUUUUCAGGUCAUUUGUGUUGUAGGAUGGUUAAAUUCGCCAUGACAAGGGAUACUUCACAUUAAUUUUUUUUGAAGUCCUUGUUAAGUAGGCUUGGAAGUGAACAGUUGGGGUGAUCUGUGGAGCUGUAGAAAGAAUUGGUGAAUGGUGUAGCUUAGUGUGAAAAUAAGCGGUUGUGAAAUGGUUAUUCUGAGUUAUUUUCAUGAUGGCCGUGGGAUCAAUUAUGUUUUCUGAGAAAUUGCGUUUCAUGUCCCUAGGCUGUGGAGUAGCUGUAACAAGCGAGGGCUAAGACUCUUCUUCAAGUCAGCAAUCAUGGGACACGUAUGGUUGUCACCACUGGUUUUCGCUCACAUGCGUUAAGGUUUACGGAGAUUGUUCAUCUCUUUAGUAGAGAAACUGCGUUGAACCUCGUCCGUAAAUAUUGACGCUACUGGCCAGUCCAUCAACAACCGGCAUGAGGAAGAACUCGAGGUCUGAUCUUCAAGAUUCUAUGGGAUAGUGGUGUGACAUUUAAUGGACGUUUAGUGGAAGGGCAACAAUAUGUAUUAAUGAGAUACUGAGACGGGAAAUCCGAACAAAGUCCUCUGGUUGUAGGUAUCCGCACUGUAAUUCUCUGUGGAUUGAUAAGAGGGUAGUGGAUAGGGCGAGCAGCAUCAACAUUAUAGUUGGCAAUGAUGGAGCUGGAAGAGAGCUAGCUGUGGUGUUCAAAUCUGCAGCAUCAAUCUGGUUCUUCUGAUAUUGUCAUCAAACGCUGUGAUCUUCCCUGGUAGGAGGAAAGUUACAUUCUCAUUCAAGGUCAUUCUUCCUGGCCUAUUGUUACUUGUGGCAAUGGACGGCACGUCUUCCGGUAAAGGUGACGGACGUCAAGUGAAUUGGUCGCAUCCCAUGAGCAGCUCCUCGCAUCUUCCUCCUAAAAGCCCUGGGGGAUAUUCAAUGUUUGGAUCUGGGUCCAGUCUUUUUGAGUCGGAUCUUCUGGCCACUCUUCCACUUCGGGGCGGUGGCCACCACAAGCGCACUCCUUCGGCUGGUUAUCUUCCCAACGUUGCGCCUACGUGGUUGGAGGAAAUAUUGGAAUCUCCAGACGGAGAGGUGGUGGUGCGGAAAGGCUCACAUCGGCGGUCAUCUAGUGAUUCGGUGGCUUUCCUGGAUACCCCGCAAGAUUUUGCCAACUUUGUAGAGAAUGUAACGGAGGAAGAAUUUAUUUUGCGGGAGCCCCCACCCCCAAUUGCACGUCCAAAUCAUCGCAGGGGCUUGAGUGCAGAUUACCAAAGUUCCCAGUAUGAUGUCCCUCCACCACAGCGACCCUCUCACAGGAGGGGUAUGAGUGCAGACUACAACAACAAUAGGUUAGACAAAGAACAGUUGAUGAGUGUGCUUUCUGAGCUGGAACCAUUCCAGACGCAGCUUCCAAGGCACAGGUCCGAUAAGCCUAUACCUCGAGUUGGUGGUCCACUCCCUGUAACUAGACCAGCCUCUUCUGGAGAUAGCUGGAGUAUAGAGAAAUGGAAGAAACAUGUGACGUUGUCUGUUCCCAGCUCGACUUCCGACAGCCCGAGCUAUGAGAGAGGGAAGAACCUGAAGUCGAGUGUGACGACCUCUGAGAAUCGGUCGACUGGGUCCGAUAGCAAUAGCCACAGCGAUGAGUCGAAUGAUGAACUGCAAUCUGGGAGCGUUAGAAGGGGGAAGAUUGAGCAAGAUGCACAGAGCAAGAAGGAAGUUGAUGGGUCACGGCAAGCACACGGCGAUGGUACGGAAGUAGACCCAAGUCUAGAUCCGAAGAAAGCAAAAAGAAUUCUUGCCAAUAGGCAGUCAGCUCAAAGAUCCCGCGUACGGAAGCUGCAAUACAUAUCAGAGUUGGAAAGAAGCGUGAAUGCGUUGCAGGUGGAGGUUUCAACGAUGACACCUCAGGUGGGGUUCUACGACCAUCGGAGAGCAUUUCUUACCGCAGAGAAUGUUCUAUUGAAGCAGAAGUUAGCAGCGUUGAGUCAAAGCCAGCGGUACAAGGAGGCUCAAAACGAGUCUCUGAAAAAAGAGGUACAGAGACUUCUUCAGAUUUUCAAUCAGCAGAAUCAGUCUCAGCAGCAGAUUCAGGUGGUACAGCAUCGGCCUCUAUCUCCGAAUGCCUACGACAUUCCGCAGCAGUUUAGCAAGUUGGACUUGGGUCCAAGCAUCCCGAAACCGAAGUCGCCGGAUCUAUAUUCAUCGGGAGGAGGUGGCAAGACCUCAACGGAACUGGCUUCAUCCCUGUUUGCAGGAGGUGUGGCGUCUUCGCUGAUACGAAGUGGUAGCAACGUGAUCAGGCCUCCGUCGCAAUCUGCGAAAGGUGUCGUGUCCUCAAGCUGCAUGGUUUCUAGCAGUGGGAAGAGUUUAGAGGGGAGGAUGAUGGGAGGGUCCGGAACUCUUUCAUCGGAUUUCAUGGUUCAUAACUCUUGAUCAGCCCGGAUGGAUGGAGGAUGAGUAAUACCACAUUUUGAUAUGCGAACAGCAUUCGACUUGUCUUAAUAGGUCGUGGCUAAGUAACGAGCCUCAACGGAUACCCCACGUCUCGUGGGUGCACAGGACGUGCACAUGGCAGUCAUUGGGUGAUUCGAAAACCUGGACAUGGAGGAAUACGUCCCAUUUGCAGACACAUUAGAUUCGGUACACAUUAGAUGUGCAAGGGUUGCCGCCAAGAGUUCCAAUGUGCUGGAUAGGGCAUGCUGAGGUGCCAAGUCUCAUGGCUAUGGGCCGUGAGACUUAUUUAGAAGCUGUUGAAGGAGUUGUUUUGUCGUUCUUUCAGCUUCCGCUUCCACCCCUGCCCUCAUGGCUUGGUAUGGCAGGGAUCUGAGUCCUAGAAGACGUGUUGGAAUAUGCCCUGACAUACCGAGUCUCGCUUACUUGGGGAUGUGCAACCUAGACCUUUUGUGAUUCAUAAGUAUCAUUCAUUUUCGUGCCUGCAGAAGUGGUGAUGUACGUAUUUGCCUUGCGGAUUUGGGUUCCGGUUCGACAAAUGGGAUUUUUCUACUUUCCCUCAA